AUGGAAUCGAAUCCUUCCAUAAGUGGUUCCCUAAGAACCCCUUCUAGAACAAGUGUAGCUGCAAAUGAAAAUUUGCCGAAUUCGUCUGCAAUUGCACAAUUUUCAGGAGCAGAGUUUUCGAAUUUAAGCCAAGCGCAUAUUUCGCAUGAGACGCAAAAACACCCUUUGCCGCUUUCAGGAACACAGAUUCAUAAAUCGGCUACGUGUCUUACCCAGUCAACACGAGACCAUUACGUAGCGGAGCUCAAGGUUAUUAAAGAACCCAUUCGAAAUUGCCGUUUUCGAUAUAAGUCUGAAUUUCGUUAUACGGAGGGUUCACUACGUAGUGCACAUACACAACGUGGUCUUAAAUUACAUGUAGAAGUGGAGCUACAUAAUUUUAAUGCUCCAGCCAUAAUACGCUGUAGCGUAUUCCAAACAAACAUCGAAAGCCCACAUUCCCAUCAAAUGAUUGUAUGCGGGAAUGGGGUAGAAUGUGAUGUACAUGAUCAAUAUGUAUCAUCUGAACGAGGCUUUAAAGCAAUAUUUCUAUAUACGAACAUCGUACAUGUAGAGAAAAAAUAUAUAUUCAACGAGCUUUUGAAGAAAAAAUCGAAGCGAUUAAUUAUGGAAUUGGGCGGUAUAGAUUUAUCUAAAAAGCAAGUUGAAGAAUUACGUAAAGAGUCUGAAAAGGAAGCAAAAGAAAUUAACAUUAAUCAGAUACGCUUUUGCUUCGAAGCGUUCGCAGCAGAUACUUCAAAAUCUUGGAUGCGCAUAGCACCACCAAUUUAUUCGACAGUAAUAAACAAUACUAACUCUGCGCAAACUGGUCGUCUGCAUAUAUGUCGCUCAAGCACUGCGUCGGGGUCUGCAAAUGGUGGAGAGGAGAUACUAUUGUUAGUAGAAAAGGUUAAAAAAACUAACAUUAAGGUGGUGUUUUAUGAAAUUAAUGAUGUUGGCAAAAUAGUUUGGGAAGCCUAUGCAAGACUACAGACAUCCGAUGUUCACCAUGAUUAUGCCAUAACGUGCCAAAUUCCUCCUUAUAAAGAUGAAAAUAUCGAAAAACCUGUCGAGGCGUAUAUUAAACUAUUACGUCCGUCGGAUAAUCGGUGUAGCAGUCCAAUCAAAUUUUGUUACAAGCCAAAUGAAACCAUUAUCUCACGUAAACGUAAACGUAUAAGUAGCGGUACCGGUAGCGGUGCCGGUAGCGGUAGCGUCAACUAUUCGCUUAGUUCGUUUGAUGUGCAUACAACAGCACAAAAUCCCUCUCAGUAUAAUUCAGGGAACAGAGAUUUUGAUGUGGAUAUGAAUACCGCAUUUAAUGAAGAUGCUUUUAUGGAAUGUAUUGCGAUGAACUCUCAGGAACUCAGUAAAACAUGUCCACAAAAAUAGGAAUUGUGAUGUUGCUGUGGUUAAAAAUUUAUGUAUGUAUUUAUCACAAGAGAGGGAUGAAGUAUAAAGCUAUGUUCCUAAUAACUAACAGAUUGCACAGAAGCACCAUGAAAUGAAGAGUAUAAUUUAAAUUUGACUUGAU